ACGCUUUCCUUCCUCCUCCCUCGCGGCCAACUAACCAAUCCCUCCUCUCCUCCCUUCCUCCCUUCUUCCCUGCCAUUCUCCCGUUCCGUUGCGGCGUCUCUUCCCUCCCCAUCCCCUGCCUCCGCCGCCGCCUCCGUGCCUAACACCCGCUCGAAUUUCCGCAUCCGCUGCCGCGCCGAUCGCCGAGGACGAGGAUGCUGGGCGCCGCGAGGAGGCAGCUUGGAUCCGGUCCCAUGCUGGGGCAGGUUCUGCGGCGGCUCCGCCCGGCGGCGAGGGGGUACUCCGCUGCGGCGAAGGAGAUGACUGUCCGUGAUGCGUUGAACUCUGCACUGGAUGAAGAGAUGUCUGCUGAUCCUUCUGUCUUCCUGAUGGGAGAAGAGGUUGGAGAGUAUCAAGGUGCAUACAAGAUUUCUAAAGGCUUGCUUGACAAGUAUGGUCCUGAUAGGGUUCUUGACACGCCUAUCACAGAGGCUGGCUUUACUGGAAUUGGUGUUGGUGCAGCUUAUCAAGGUCUUCGACCUAUUGUAGAAUUUAUGACAUUUAAUUUCUCGAUGCAGGCUAUUGAUCAUAUCAUCAAUUCAGCUGCCAAGUCAAACUACAUGUCAGCUGGUCAAAUCUCUGUUCCUAUCGUUUUUAGAGGACCUAAUGGAGCUGCCGCUGGAGUUGGGGCUCAACACUCACAGUGUUAUGCAGCUUGGUAUGCUCAUGUUCCAGGACUUAAGGUUCUGACACCAUACUCUGCAGAAGAUGCUAGAGGCUUGCUAAAAGCUGCUAUUAGGGAUCCUGACCCUGUUAUUUUCCUGGAAAAUGAAUUGCUUUAUGGAGAAUCAUUCCCUGUUUCUGCUGAAGUGCUUGAUUCUAGUUUCUGCCUGCCGAUUGGCAAAGCUAAGGUAGAACGUGAGGGUAAAGAUGUUACCAUUACCACAUACUCCAAGAUGGUUGGUUAUGCUCUCCAGGCUGCUGAGAUACUCUCCAAGGAAGGAAUCAGUGCUGAGGUGAUCAACCUUCGAUCAAUCAGACCACUUGACAGAGCUGCUAUCAAUGCAUCUGUCAGGAAGACCAACAGAUUGGUGACUGUUGAAGAAGGGUUCCCCCAGCAUGGGAUUGGUGCUGAGAUAUGCAUGUCUGUUGUAGAAGAAAGCUUUGAGUACCUUGAUGCACCAGUUGAGAGGAUCGCUGGAGCUGAUGUACCUAUGCCCUAUGCUGCCAACCUUGAGAGAAUGGCUGUUCCACAGGUAGAUGACAUUGUGCGGGCAGCGAAGCGCGCCUGCUACAGGGCAGUGCCAAUGGCAGCAACCGCCUGAGCCUGAUCGGUGGACAAGCCUUUUUGUUUCCCUUCGCUUUCCUUCCAGCCGGAAACAUGUAGUAUUCAUAGUAUCUCAUAAGGUGGUGGCAAAUUGCCCAGACCCCAGAGACUCCAAGCGAGCUAAUUUUGUAGAUCUGGCAUGGCGUGCUUUAUUCCGAUAGUUGAAGAUGGAUGAUUGCAUUCUUUCUGGUUUCAAACCCAAUUCCUUUUCUAUGAUUUGUACACACAACCUAAUCAUGUUGGCAUGCAAACGGAUCACUUUGCUGUGACGCGUCAUUUCUGUCGCAUCGCAUCUUUUGCUGCUUGGACCACAGGGUCAGUGGAUGGCAAUAAACUACUCACCACGAUUGUGCA